AUCUAUAAAAUACCAGAAGUAAAAUAUGCCUUCCACGGUGUCCUGCCAGGAUCAAAAAUGUUUCAUGGCGGAUGAAUAGAAGAAAAAAAAACGCGUUUGUUGUUUGAGAACGAGGCGAGCAGAAGUCUGGGCGAAGACGAGCUAGUUAGCUGUCUGUCUGCUUGGGAGAUGGAGGAGCAGGAGAGAGCUAUGGAAGAGGAUGCUCUGGACUCAAAGCCUCCACUGACCACUGAAGAGGAUGAGCCCAAACACACCGUCCUCCACGGGUCUCAUAUCACUGAAACACAACAGGAGCCCAGGGAACCUGCACCUGAAGAGAAGGAGACGAAGCCACAGUUCUCAGAGCUGCUUGUUAUCAACAGCCUAGCUCCUCCAGACAGCUGGGAACCAGUCCACACUGAUAUCAAACUUGAGGAACUGACAAAGACAGAAAUGCUGAUACUGUCACAGACAGAGAAUCAGGCAGCGAUACAGACACAGACAUUAUCACAGACAGAUGAGUUUAUCAUACUUGAUCAGAAUGGACAGCCCCUACAGUGUGAACGCAUGGUGCUAGUGACCAGUCAGUCAGACAACGGAGAGAUGUAUGUUAUCCCCUCUAAUCAGCUAGGAGGGGCUCAGGUGUUACUUCCUAGAGGACACCUACUGGACAUCAUAGACCCUACAGGAUCCUGCGGGGAGAAGACUGCUGAUGAGAAAGAGCUUCACACCAUCACGUUAACAGCUGUUACGGAUGACAGCGGCAGUUUGACUACAGUACCAUCGGCUGUUACGGAUGACAGAGGCAGUUUGACUAUAGUACCAUCGGCUGUUACGGAUGACAGAGGCAGUUUGACUAUAGUACCAUCGGCUGUUACGGAUGACAGCGGCAGUUUGACUAUAGUACCAUCGGCUGUUACGGAUGACAGAGGCAGUUUGACUAUAGUACCAUCGGCUGUUACGGAUGACAGCGGCAGCUUGACUACAGUAGCAUCGACUGUUACGGAUGACAGAGGCAGUUUGACUACAGUAACAUCGGCUGUUACGGAUGACAGCGGCAGUUUGACUACAGUAACAUCGGCUGUUACGGAUGACAGCGGCAGUUUGACUACAGUAACAUCGGCUGUUACGGAUGACAGCGGCAGUUUGACUACAGUACCAUCGACUGUUACGGAUGACAGCGGCAGCUUGACUACAGUAACAUCGGCUGUUACGGAUGACAGCGGCAGUUUGACUACAGUAGCUGCGGCUAAGAGCUCGGCACAGAGCUCUCAGGUCUGUUUCACCUCUCUGAAACCUCUCCCAGCCAACGCCCCCAACUGGGCCCUGAGGCUUCAUAAUGCUGAGAAGAUAGGUGACUCAUACCGUGGCUACUGUAACACCGACACAGAGCUGGAGACCAUCCUCCUGCUCCACAAGCAGCAGACCAACAGUGUGUUUGGGACACGCCAGUCCCCCUCCCCUGCCAAGCCUGCCAGCCGUCUGAUGUGGAAGUCCCAAUACGUACCUUACGAUGGCGUCCCUUUUGUCAAUGCAGGCAGUAGAGCUAUAGUGAUGGAAUGUCAGUAUGGUCCAAGGAGGAAAGGCCUCCAGCCCAAGAAGACUGCAGAGCAGAACAUCAGUCCGAACAUUGAUUACAAAGCUACAUGCCCUGCCAGGAUCUAUAUCAAGAAGGUGUGUAAGUUUCCUCAGCACCGGGUGCCUACGGAUCCUAACGUAGACAAGAGGGUUGUUCGUCAGGAACAGGAGAAAGCCUUCUUCAACCUCCGGAAGACCCUGUGGGACGUGGGCGGAGUCCUGAGGUACUAUAUGCAGCUCCCCACCCAGAAAGCUCACCUCUAUCAUGACAUGGAGGCUCUCCUCCUGCCUCCUCCUCCAGACCUCCUCUUCCUCCCCAUGGAGGAGGAGGUGAAGCAGGAGGAGGAGGAGGAGGAGAGGGGAUGUGUCUGUGAUGAAGGUGCGGAGGAUGGUGGAACCAUGCCAUCUCGUCUCCACCCCAGGGUGGCAGAGAAGAUCAGGGAGUUGGUGGAGCAGGGGUACCAUCAGGUGUACCAGGUCCGCAAACAGCUCAGGCGGUUUGUGGAGCGGGAGAUGUUUAAAUCAGAGGAGGUCCCAGAGAGACAUAACCUCUGCUACUUCCCAACCGUCAACGACAUAAAGAACCACAUCCACGAGGCCCAGAAGACCUUCCAGCAGGCUGGGGGGGUCACCACUGAUACAACACAGUGGACUGAAGUGGACCCAAUGACUGUGACUCUGACCCUCACGCCAGCCCCUGCUGAAGUCUGUUCGGGUGCCUUCCAGAGAGUAGGAGUGUUGGAGGGGACUGACACGUUCAUUCCUGAGGCCGUACAGCUCUUCAGCUCUCUCACCUCCCUGCAACCUAAGAUCUUUGCCCAGCUACAGGGUAUCCAGCUCCAACCAGGCCUGUGUUCUUUUGACGGAGGUUUGUCUCAGUCGUCUACAGUCACUACAGACUUCCUGGAGCUGCCCAGCCCCCCACAGCCCCUCCUGGUCAGCCCCACACAGUUCCUCCAGUCCAGCCCCUCUCCGGGGGAAGCUAUGACCCUAGCUGACCCCUCAGUGGUUCUGGGCAUGGGUCAGGUGGUCAUGGUGUCAUCGUUAGGGGACGGACAGGUGGUCAGCGUGUCAUCUCUAGGGGACGAGAGCGUGGGGACACACCAGAUACUGUUGGAGGACGGACAGACCAUCCCUUUCCAGAUAGUGGCUCCUGCUAAUAUUGCUCUGAACAGUCCAGUUGAGGUCAAGGAGGAGAUGAGGACGGAGGAGGACACUGUCAACCCUGUAGAUUGACACCAGGACCUACAGGGGUUGUACUCCAGGUACCCCAGGGUUGUGCUCCAGUGGUGUAUCUCAUUCCUCACAGGGGUGUAUUCUUGGGGUGUAUCUCGUUCCUCACAGGGGUGUACUUCAGCCCUCACAGGGGUGUAUCUCAUUCCUCACAGGGGUGUAUCUCAUUCCUCACAGGGGUGUAUCUCGUUCCUCACAGGGGUGUAUCUCAUUCCUCACAGGGGUGUAUCCCAUCUUUACCAUAUACUUACUGUAAGAGCGGUUGGUUUUACCUCAGGACGGUCAUGUUUAUUGAUCACGUUUAUUGUACAAUUGACUGAAAGUGCAAUUUAUCCAGUGUUUUCUCCUUGUUAAUGCUUUCUGAUAUCAUCACGAGGAACUUGUUUGCUAUCGCUUUAAAAUCAUGGAAUCCAACGAAUAUUGUAUAAUUACAGAUUUAAAAAUAAAAAAAGACAACUAGGAGAACCCUGGAUGUAUUAACUUAAUAUCAUGUGUAUAUAUUAGUGCGUAGGAAAUGUCUUUUUAAUAGAUUAACCCUGUUGCAUAGUCUUCUGAGAUGAUCAUGUACUUCAAUAAAUGUUUAUUUUAUUUGUUUAAAU